AUGCUAUCUCUGGAGAGGAGAGAUGCGAGAAAGGAGUUAGGUGUUGGCGGUGGUGGUGGUGGUGGGAGGGAGAUGAUGAUGAUGGAGGAAGACACGGAGCUUGAGGAAGGAGAGGCUUGUUCAUACCAUUCUCCUAACAACGACGAUGACGACGAUGAUUGCGAUGCCACCAUGGACCCCGAUGUUGCCCUCUCUUACCUAGACGAGAAACUACAACACGUCUUGGGGCACUUUCAAAAGGAUUUUGAAGGAGGUGUUUCAGCUGAGAAUUUGGGAGCCAAGUUUGGUGGUUAUGGUUCAUUUUUAUCUAGCCAGCGCUCGCCUGCUUGGUCUCAUCCUCGGACUCCUCCAAAUGUCCAGCAAACUAGUAAUUUGCCUAAAUCGCCAAACACUUUACAGUAUGGGGCCGGUCGUCGAAGCUCUGAUUCAUCAGGUGCACCUCAGGCUAUAAGGCCUGGUCAUACUUCUGCUGGUGCUCUAUCACUCCCCUCAACGAAAAUGCCAUCCUUGACUGUGGCUUCACUCAAACAAGAACGCCGCAUGCCAUCUGCUCAUAUGCCUGAGGAAGUGAUUGGACGUGAAAUCUUUACUAAGAAGCCUAACAGUUUACCUGACCCGAAGAUGCUUAAGUUCCGUAUCAAAGUAGGCUCUGAUAACUUGUCGACACAAACAAAUGAUGCUCUCUAUAGUGGUCUUGGCCUUAAUGUCUCUCCAUCUUCAUCAACGGAGGACAGUCCCUCUGAAAGUGAAGAGAUGUCUCAUGAUCUUCACCAUGCUUCCUUAGAAUCUCCUGCUCACAUUAUUCGGAUAAUGACUUCUUUCCCAGUGCAUGGAGGGCUUCUGUUAUCACCUCUUCCUGAUUUUCUGAUUCACUUGAUGGAAAAAGAAAGGCUUCCAAGGGAUAGUGGAUCCAUACCUGUUUCAAAUCUUGGUAAAAAAAUGCUUGGUCAGGGUAAAAUGAAGUUGCUGGAGAGGUGUGAGCUUUCCUCAGAAUCAAAAAAUGACUACAAAAAGGUUUCUGAAAGUGGUAUUGAGAUUGCAUCAAGCAAGGAGAUGGUCCUUGACAGUCUAGCAUGUGAUCGACUAGUUUCCCAUACCUUAAGGCUGCCGCUGCUAUCUAGUGCAUAUUCUACAACAGGUGAAACUAUAAAAGGCUCGGGGAUGGCAUCUAAUUUAUCAAAGGAAGUAUGUAAGGAUGGUUUGAAGGACAAUGCUGUUAUUGAUCCGGAAAAGGUGCCAUUCAUUCCAAUGGCUUCUCAAGAGGAUGGAUGCAUUGUAAAUUCCAUAGCAACUACCUUGUGUGAAGAUUUGGAAGAUAAGAAGGACGAGUCUCUUGAUAGUGCUUCUGAAUGCUCCAGGAAAGGUGGCCCCCGCAGAAGAGGAAAAUCUUCCAACUCGGUGAAAAUCGAUGCCAAUAUUUCUAAAGUUGGUAAAGCUUUGAGAGCUGAGUCAACUGAAUCAAUAAAGCAUAAGACUGACCAGAAAUUUUCAUCCCAGAAAUAUGAAGGUGAAAAGUUCAUUUCCAGUAAAGAGUGUUUGCCUUCAGAAGGAAAAAAGAAACCAAAGAAAAGCCAGAAUCAUAGCAAUGUAGUCGCAGAAAUAUCAAAAACAGGCUCUAUUGGUGGACCUUAUUCAGCUUCAAGAAUUCCGAAGGAUUCUCAUGUUAAUGAUUCAACAGAGGGGGAGUUAGAGGACCUCAAAGUCCAGAAAACUGUGGGAAAAUCUGGAGACCGGUAUCGUGAUUUUUUUGGGGACAUGGAACUAGAACAUGAGGAUAGUCAUCCGAGUCCAUCGGAAACAAGUCAUGUGGAUAGGGUGAAGGCUGCUCAUGUGGUUCAUAAAGAAACCAAUGGGAUCAGUAAAUCAUUGGUCGAGAGAUUAAAUGGAAAGAAAAAUGAUAAGAUGUUAGCAUCAGAGGUAUAUUCCAAGCCAGGUUCAAGUGCUGCUCUGCACCCCCAAAACGUUCCUGCGGAUCCUGCUCCUGUAAGUACAGAUCCUGUUGUGACAGAAGAUGAUCAUUGGGUCUGUUGUGACAAGUGUCAGACGUGGCGACUUCUUCCAUUUGGAAAGAAUCCUGAUGACCUGCCGGAGAAAUGGCUAUGCGAAAUGCUCGACUGGCUGCCUGGCAUGAAUAGAUGUGGUUUUACCGAGGAGGAAACUACUGAGGCUCUCAUUGCAUCGUACCGAGCUGCUGCUCCCAAUGGUAAAAGUGGUCCAGCUGGCGAUCAUGGUGGGCAUAUGACCAAGGGAACCUUGCGCGGUGUUCGAACCCAUGAUGCGAUUGCUGCUAGUCGGCAAAAGAAGCAUGCCUUGAGAGAGUCAUCAAAUAAAGAAGGCCUGAUACAGCUACCAAAUUCUGCAAAGAGAGCAGUGGCAACUUCUGUGCCAAAUGGAAGCGUAAGCGAGACGAGUCGGUCUCUAAAAAUCAGUGAAGCUGAAUUGAUGAAGUCAAGCAGAUCUAGUGAUGCAGCCAUGGGAAACAAUAAACCAAAGCUGAAAGGGAAGCACAAAGUGCUUGACAACUUUUCUGAUGGAGGUGAAACUCGUCAACCAAAGAUGAGAAGCAAAAGGGUAUCUGAUGAAGAUUUAGUUCGAGCAUCCAAGAAGUUAAAGGCUGAAGAUUUGCCAGAAGAUCCAAUGUCUGAUUAUGUUUCUGAAAAGAAUGGUCCUGACAUUCGCUCUGGUAAACUGCGGUCUAAAGAGUCUGAUCAUACUUCUUCUAAGGACUCAAAGAACGAGCAAAAGGAUGAGAAAAAAGUCUAUGCUAAGAAGCCGAAAGAUGAAGUUCAGAUUGCACUGGAUGUUCGCUCCAUGGAUAGGCAGAAGCAUAAGGAUGGUGAAGUGGUGAAAAAAAGGAAAGCAAAUGAAGACUUUGAUGCAAAUGUGCGAUCGUCGUCCCCUUUCUUUACAGAGUCCCUACUCCAUGAUGGUGGAAUCAUGGCAAAGGAAGAUAUCAGCGAUAGUGACUUCAGAAAGGAGAAGAAGGCACUGUUGUCCAGGUCUAUUGGAAAGGAGGUUAGUAAUGGUAAAGGUGAUGGUAGAACAGAGAAGAAGGGCAGUCAUGGAAGAAAACAGCAAUCAAGGCAAGAUUUGGGAAGCACAUUGUCGCAAAGGAGUUUGGAUGGUGUUGAAUGUUCGAAAAAAGAUUCAGGGGAUCGACAUCCGCCAGUGGCUGCUACCUCUAGCUCUUCUAAGGUUUCUGGUUCCCACAGAACGAAAGGCAACAUCCUGGAUACAAAAGGCUCCCCAGUAGAAUCAGUUUCAUCAUUACCUAUAGGAACACCGAAACCAGAUAAACUUGUAGCAGCAGCAAGAAACACUGAGAGACAUGUCAACAGAAAGUGUUCUGAUGGAGAAGAUGAAGGGUUUGGUGACCAAUUUGGAAAGAGGAAGAAAGAUAAAAAUAUUGAUUUGGGUCGUCAUGGGUCUCUUGAGCCUUACAUUGAUUUUAAAGAGAAGGACUAUGGUCAGUGUUUAUCAUUUGGAAAAGUUAAACAACAAAGUGUGCCUACUGUUGAUUCUACAAAUCAACAGAUCGCAAGUGCCACUGCAAAUUCCUCUGACAAAGAUACUCAGCAUCAUAGUAGGUCAGGAGGCAAGGACAAACACCACAAUGAGGAGAGGCCAAACGGAAAUCAUUCUCAAUCAAAUGGGUCUCGCUCAAGGAAGUCCACAAAGGGAUCAUCAUCUUCAAGGUCCAAGGACCGAAGUUUUGAUACUUCACUUGACAAUGGAAAACCUCGAGCUUCUGAUUCUACUACAGCGCAUGCAGCGUCUUUUGGAGUAAAAUCUGGGGAUAGAAAAAACAAGGCAGAUGAGAAAAUUGGUGUCAUGUCUGACAGGAAAGAGAGCAGAUACCUAGAUAAGAGCUCAGGAGGACUAUUGCUUGUAGGGAAUGGCAAAACAGAUGCUCGACCAAACUUAGGUGGUCACAAUUGUCCAGGUGAUGAUGGACUUGCUAGUAAUACUGAUGAUGCAAAACCGAGUUUACCACUGGAAGGCCAGAUGAGCUCAGCUAAAGAGAAGGAAAUAUCAGCAAAUCCAUGUGGGAUAAUUCAAGAAGAGAAAUCACUCUCCGUUAAAGGAAAUGUAGGGAAGGGUUUGUCUGUUAGUGCCUCCGGCGGUGACAAGCCACAGAAGCAUAUCAGGAAGGUUGACCAUCCCCCGAACGGGAUAAAUCACAGCUCAGGGAACAAAAUAUCAAAUGGGCACAGGAUCAGGGAUCAUGAUGCCCCUAGUCCAGUUAAAAGGGAUUCCUCCAGUCAGGCUGCUAACAAUGCUUUGAAAGAGGCUAAAAAUCUAAAGCACCUGGCUGACCGUCUGAAGAAUUCUGGGUCAGUUCAGGAAAGUACAAGGCUUUACUUCGAGGCAAGCCUUAAGUUUCUUCAUGGAGCCUCACUCUUGGAAUCGGGAAGCAAUGAAAAUGCGAAAGAUAUGAUCCAGUCAAUGCAAAUCUAUACUAGCACUGCCAAACUCUGCGAGUUUUGUGCCCAUGAAUAUGAGAAGUCUAGAGACAUGGCUGCUGCUGCUCUUGCCUACAAAUGCAUGGAGGUGGCGUACCUCAGGGUAAUUCAUUGUUCACAUUCCAGUGCCAACAGAGAUAGACAUGAGUUACAGAUGGCUUUACAGAUGAUUCCUACAGGCGAGUCGCCUUCCUCUUCUGCAUCUGAUAUUGAUAACUUGAAUCACCCAACAGCAGUGGAUAAAGUUACCUUAGGAAAAGGUAUCAGCUCACCUCAAGUUACGGGAGGUCACAUCAUUGCUGCCCGAAAUCGUACCAAUGUUACCCGGCUGCUCACUUUUGCACAGAAUGUUAACUUUGCUAUGGAAGCAUCACGAAAAUCACGGACGGCUUUUGCAGCAGCUAGCAUAAGCUUGGGCGACUCCCAAAGCAGGGAAGGUAUUACUUCCAUCAAAACAGCUCUUGAUUUCAGCUUCCAUGAUGUAGAAGGAUUACUACGUCUAAUACGGCUUGCAGUUGAAGCUAUUAGCCGAUAA